CGACAGGCUGAAGAUUUACGUAUUGGCAAGAUGGUGAUGGAACCGUAUGAAAUAAAAUCACAUCCCUACGAGUGUAUGACGUUGAACUGUCUAUGUCCAUUUUUUAAGGGACGACUGAACGCUAAACGACAAUGUAUCUUGGCGAAUGGUCGUUUACUGAAUAUGGCCUACCGAAAAGAGUAUCGGAUGCUAACUGACGAUGAGCGAAAUCGUUGGCAUAAUGUACUAAAUAUUUUAAAAAGUAGUGGAGAAUACGACAGACUUAGUGCUCAGCAUCAAGAGGUUGGUAGUGGAAGCGGAGCGCACUCUGGACCCGAAGGAGAUACUAUGUUAUCAAUAUUACAACAAUUUGAAAUUGCAGUACGACUUGUUGACCCUUCAUUAGCGAUUCCGUACUGGGACUCUGUCAUAGACAGUUACCUGCCAGACCCAAGGGAUUCUAUUCUGUUUACACCACUGUUUUUUGGAGAUACAGAUUUUUAUGGUAACGUGGUAACCGGACCGUUCGCGUACUGGCGUUGUUUGGACGGUCGGACAGCAAUUUGGAGGAAUAUGGGGAAGGAGGGUUCUUUAUUUACAGAGAAUAGUAUAAACAACGUGCUUGCCCAAACUAACAUUGAAUUCGUUUUAGCCUAUACCGCUCCAUUGCCAAGCUGUCCUGUUCCGACAAACUUUUUUGCUCUCGAGUAUGCUCAUUCUAAUAUUCACCUGUGGGUUGGGGGUCAUAUGAAGCCACCGUCAUCAUCAUCAAACGAUCCGUUAUUUUACACGCAUCAUUCAUUUGUGGAUUAUAUUUGGGAAAUGUGGAGGCAACUCAGGCAAACAAGACAAGCACGUGAAUACUCACGUGACAUGCCUCAAUGUGCUGAUCCUCAACAUUUUAGCUAUGCAGUAAUGAGGCCAUUUUAUACUCUCGUUAACCGUGACGGGUUGUCUAACGCGUAUACGGAUUAUGUUUAUCAUUACGCUCCGAGGCCAUCUUGUACAAAGAGCAACCCAACUUGCAAUUCCACAUACCUGUUUUGCGAUAUCCGAGGGCGACCGCACUGUGUCUCUAAGAUUAAGAUUGGUGGUCGCUGUGUUGGUUUUGAAGGUUUUAAUUCUUGCUAUAAAGGAUUUUGUUUGCGUGGAUAUUGCGUUGCUCAAACUUUCCAUUCCCCUACUUCGGUUCUUGAGCAACUUGAUGACGUCGCAUUGCCGGCAUCGAAACAGAGUUUUAUCACUGAAGUGAAGUCUAAAACGAACUUUACCUGUUACGAUCGACACCCAUGUUGUGGAAGCUGGUCAAGAAGAGGCAUUUGUAAUAAUGCCAGUAAACGAGCUUAUUGUGCAGUUUCGUGUUCAACUUGUAACCUGUUGACAGAAUGUGCUGAUCGACAUCCGAGUUGUGCAAUUUGGGAAAAACUUGGUGAAUGCAGCGGGAGAUCCAGUCAUUUUAUGGCUGAAAAUUGUCGUACUUCCUGUAAAUUAUGCGGUGAAUCAAAAUCUUUAAAAUGCUCAGCGGUCAGUUCUGUAAAUUUUUUAAUUUAA